AUGAAGGCCAGGAAAACGUUCGUGCUGGUCAUCGGGGGGGGUCCCACGGGGAUCACGACGGGGAUGUACCUGCAGAAACACAGAAUACCACACAUACUAAUUGAAAAAGAUAAGCACAUCGAGAAGGUACCCAAAGCACACUAUUACAACAACCAAACGAUGGAAGCAUGGAGAGGCAUCUUCCAUUUAGAUAAGUGUUUUCUAAACGAAACGGAAAACGUAAACUUAUGGAAAACCUUUCAAUAUGGUUUAAGUUUGAAAAAGGACAAAACGGUGUGCAAGUAUGAUAACUUUAGGGACAAGUACAUGUAUAGGAAUACGUACUAUGAGGACAUUAGCCCUUCCAAGGUUACCCACUUGUCUCAGUACAAACUGUUGGGCAUCCUCUACAGCUACUAUUUUAGCAAAAUAAAAUGUGACCCCCGGAAAAAGCGGGCAUUUUUAAAAAACAUAAGGCUAAAAUUGUCCACCCAUCGAUUGUUGAGGUACAUUUGUGGCAACAGUGGGUUGGGAGGAUAUGCAGACCAUGCGUCAUGCUUGGAUAAAGCGAUAGAUAAAGGAGCAACUGAGGGAACGGAAAAAGACGCCACAGGAGAAGCACUUUAUAAAAAUUAUUUCUCCUACGAUCCAUCCGAAUUUUUGAUAGGAUACGAAUUUAUCAAUUUCGGGAACAUCCCAGAGGGGGUGAAUUCUUCCCAUGUCGGGGUGAACAACCACAUGGAGAAUAAUUACCAUGGAGUCGACUGGGGCAACCCACAGGGUGUUGUGACUCGGGUUAGAAAUCUGCACAACAACGAAGAAGAAGUGAUCCUAAGUAACUACGUUUUCGUGUGUGAGGGGGGAAAAAGUGGCAUAAAAAAGGGGCUAAAAAUAAAUGAUGAAAAUAGGAAGGACUAUAUGAAGUUUAUAAACAUCCAUUUUCAGUCUUUGCGUCUGAGCGAUAUAGUAAAGUGCAACCCAUCCAUGCUGUACUUUUUAUUUAGCGAAUACAUAGGGGUGUUAGUUUCCCACAAUUACAAACAGGGAGACUUCGUUCUACACAUUCCGUACAUAACGGAAAGGGAAGCAGAAAUCUACAACAACAGAAGUAAGUGCCUAGAAAUAAUAAAGAAGCUAACCGGUUUCGAGCUACCCGAUAUGUGUAUUCAUAAUGUGUAUAAGUGGACCAUGCAUAGCUCUAUCGCUUCCACAUUUAUCGACAAAAAAACCAAAAGGAUUGUAUUAUUGGGGGAUGCGGCUCAUAAAUUACCCCCAUCGGGUGGGUUUGGCUUAAACUUAGGAAUUGGCGAUGUGAUAAACAUAGUGUGGAAAACUAUCCGAAUUUAUAAUUUAAAAAAAAAAAAAUUUCUUAACAACAUGGGGAAGGUGCCCGAGUUUAGUAGUGCGAACGAAGACGCUACGACCGAAUCAGAUGCGGAGUCUGCCCUAUUGCACGGACGUAACAAAUUAAGUCUCCUUUUUAACAUGUUGAACAGAUUAGAAAAAAGACAAAUAGAGAAUUACAUCGAGUCGUAUAAUAUUGAGAGAAAAUUGGUGGCUAAUUUCACCAUACACCACGCUGUGAGAAAUUACGAAAAAGGAAAUAACGUACCAAGUUUGCUAGGAUAUAAUCACAGCUCUUUUGUAAGAUGUGUUAGCUCAUGUAAGGUUAACCCAAUUCAGAGGUCGCUCUUGUUUUAUUAUCUACUGGCAAAUGCUAAAGGGCUGUUAAAAUUUAUUAACAACCUUCCUUACAUUUUUGAAUUCAAUCGAGCACGAGCAGAAUAUUUUGUUCAAAAUGAACGCAUGAAUAUUCUCUCUUUGCUGUACCCCGGUGUGGACUUCGGUUAUUCUUACGUAGAUACUAUGUGCGAUGUUGGAGAGGUGGAAAAGGAACCCUUCUCCGAUUUGUCCCCCCAGGAAGGGGUUAGCAGUGUCGUGGAAGAGGAGGCCGAUCUGGGAGGUGUAACAAAAGGGGGAGACACACAUGGUGCAGAAGGCAAUCCCAGAGAACGUAGCGAACUUGACAAGCGUGAAGAGACUGGCCAACGGAACGAUGAGCAGCCGCACCACAGUGGUAUAUGUGACGCCCCCCCAAAGUACAACAUUUUCGAAAAGCAGAAUGAAAAGGUACCCAAAUUGAAAAUAUGCAAAAAUAUAUACGACCACAGAAUGAGCAACAUCGUGGGGGCCAAAAUACCCCAUUUUAAUUUGUACACAUUUGACGCGAAAUGUAUUUACAAAAUAUCGACAGUGGAUCUACCCAUAUUUAACAACCCGUCCUUAUCCAUCCUAAUAAUUCUAUUUAAUGAUACAACUUUAAAUAACAUGGCCCACUUUUUGGACGCACAAAAUAUGCCAAGGGAUAAAUUCUCCUUCUGCUUAUGGGACUCCAACGUUGUGGUAAGCAAAAAUGCAGAGGACCAAUCCGUUCGAAUUUUAAAACAGAACGAUACUACGAUGGUAGAUAAGGAUGAAUCCUAUGAUAUGAGUGUACCUUUAAGUGACUAUGUCUUCUUUCCAAAGUGUGAUUAUAAUUUUGUGGGAAACGCCAGAAACGUGAAGCAUAUACACAUGGAUGUGAAGGAGUACAACGUGAGCUACGUUUUCACGGCGGACAUAAUACGGGACCUAUUUUUUGAUACCCUCAUGUUAAAGUCGGAUAAUUCAUUUGUAAUUUUAAGACCCGACCGGCAUAUCAUAUCGGUUGGGGAAGGCAACUGGGCUGAUCAGUUACGUGAUGUGAACGAGGUGUACAUUUGA